ACCCGCCAAACCCACCGACUUCCUCGAACGCGCCAUGGACGUGGACGACGGUUUGGCGGAGCUUCUGCUGCGGCCCCUGGCGGCGCCGGCGCUUCUGGCGCUGCGCGGCGCCAGCCGCCACUGGCGGUGCCACGUGGCGGCGGCCACGGCGUGGGGCCACCUCUUCCGGCGCCGCUUCGGGAGGGCGCCGGAUGGGGAGCUGUCGUGGCUGCAGAACUGGGCGGCCGCGCGGCGCUACGAGCGGGAGACCUUCGAGGGAUGGGACCAGGGGGCCCUGAAGCCGGAGACGGUGAUGUCCUUCGCGAGCUUCGUCCGGAGCUGGGCCAGCGACGAGGAGCUGCUGGUGGCGGGGCUCUCCAGCGGCCAGCUGCAGGCGGUGAAGUUCGACGGGGGCGCCCGUCGCUUCCUCUUCGAGGGAGCCCAUGGAGACGAGGUGGUGGCUCUGGCACUGAACCAGCGCUAUGUCUUUUCAGGGAGCGGAGACCCGGGGUACCACCGCAGGCAGCCCCGGGAUGCCUCCGUGCGGCUUUGGAGCCGUGAGGGGAAGCAGCUGGGGGCCUUCGUGGGCCAUCUUGAUUCUGUGCGGGCAGUUGCCCUGUUCCAGCAGCUCCCAGACUUCGGGCUCUCUGGGGGAAUGGACUGCCACGUGGUCCUCUGGGACCUGAAGGCCGGGAAGCGGUGCAGCCUGCCCUUACCCAGGCCCUGCCGCUGCCUGCGGGUGCUCUGCGAGGACUUCCAGGACAGCCGGGCGCGGGUCCUGGCGGGCUUUGGGAACAGCGUGGCUGAGCUCGCGGUGUCGGCGCGAGCGAGUGGGGCGUCGCUGACCCCGCUAAAGUUCGUGUAUGCCCAUGUGGAGGUGUCCUCCCUGAGCUGCUUCCCGCCGGAGGAGUCGCGCUGGCCCAAGAGCUUCUUGAGCAGCAUGAAGGUGGCUUUGGGCAGCGUGGACGGCCAUUUUGCGCUGCUGCAGGGCGGUCGCUGCCGCGCGCUAAGGGAGCUCUUUCAAUCCGAGAACAUGGCCAAUGAGGUGGUGUCCCUGGUGUUGCUCAGCGAGACCCGGGUCCUGCUGGUGACCCGGGCGGGCAUCCUGUCGCUGCUGGCCUGGGAAGGGCUCGGCCAGCCCCGCCUGCUGUGGUCCAAGUCAGGAUGGCGCAUGUACGUUUCGACCAUCGGACUUUGGGGCUCUCGACGCCUGGUUUCGGAUGGAUUCGACGACACCAUCCGCACCUUCACGCUUUGCCCGAAGGUUGCUGAGCCCGGCUACCGAAAAAGUCCGCUGGUGCGAGAGAAGAAGGCCAGCCCCUCCAAACUUGGAACCCUGUUAGAGGAAAGGAUCUUCCAAAGGUCUCUGCGCCGCAAAGGUGCCAUGGUGCGAGGGUGA